CCUGGCAACACCACCAGGGCGCCCCCUUACUCAUCCACUGCGGGAAAUCCAACCCCGCAGCCAGCUGCAACCCCCUCCGCCGGCUCAUCUAUCCGGGACCCCCCCCCCCACUCGCCAUCUCCCCGUUCGCCUCCUCGGGGACCCCCCCACUCCCCGACCACUCCGCCGGGUCCUCCUCUGACCACGACCGUGCGCGCGUUCACUCUUUCCCGGGGCCGUCCGCGUCUCCUCCCGGCCGCUUUUGCGACCCCCGGGGGGGCCCUCGAUGGGCCCCGCGCCGAGGAGCCACGGCCCUUUCUGCUAGAGGCGCUGCUGGGGAGGAGGAGGAGGAGGAGCAGGGUGGCGGCGAGGAGGAGGAGGAGGGGAGAGCAGUAGCAGGAAGAGGCGGCGGCGGCGGCGGCGUCGGCGGGCCCGGCAUGACGAGUCUGCGGCGCUCCGUGCUCGCGUGGACGCGGCCGGCGCGCCGCAUGUACUGCCUCCUGCUGCUCGCCGUGUGCGCGGCCUGGCUCUGCGCGCUGCUCUACAAGUCGUGCUUCGCCGAGAGGAUGGUGGCCAGGGGCACACGCCUCAAGCGCGUCUUCGCUCCCAACGAAAGGCCCGUCGUCGGUGUCUUGGCCCAGCAAACGCACGGCAACCUGGCCCGUCACGGCAGCACCUACAUUGCUGCAUCGUACAUCAAGUACCUGGAGGCUGCCGGAGCCAGGGUGGCUCCGAUCAGGGUGAAUCUCACCAACGCCGAGUAUGAGAAAGUAUUUUAUUCCAUCAAUGGGUUGCUGUUGCCGGGAGGUGGCGCGGACCUGCAGAUAUCGGGCUACGCCCACGCAGCCCGCAUCCUCUACAAGCUCGCCAUCAAGGCCAACGACCGCGGGGACUACUUCCCGGUGUGGGGCACGUGCCUGGGCUUCGAGCAGCUCACGGUGCUCACCAGCGGCAUCAACGUGCUCACCGACACCAAGAGCACGCGCUACGUCGCCCUGCCACUUAAGUUCACUCCAGGUUUUGAAGAGAGCCGCAUGUUUCGGAACAUUAUGCCGGAGGUCGUGCGGGCGAUGGCUGAGGAACCCAUCUCGGCGAACGUGCACUACAAGAGCCUCUCGGUCAAGAACUUCACUGCGAAUGAGAAGUUGCGGAACUUCUACUGGGUUCUGUCAACCAACGUGGACGAGAAAGGCCUGCAGUUCAUCUCCACCAUGGAGGCGUACGAAUACCCGUUCUACGGGGUGCAGUGGCACCCGGAGAAGAACCAGUUUGAGUGGAAGCGAGGAAAGUCCUUCCCACACUCGCGCUCCGCCGUGCAUGUGGCGUUCCACCUCGCCGACUUCUUCGUGACGGAAGCUCGCAAGAACUUGCACGCGUUCGCGAACGAGGCGGAAGAGAAUGCUGCCCUCAUCUACCACCACGCCGCCGUGUACACCAGCGAGGAGUCGUCGUUCGAGCAGGCGUACUUCUUCAGCUGAGCGCGGCAUUGGAACCACGCAGCCUACGCCCUCCAGCCUGCCUGGACACUCGCCCUCACCACCUCCUACUCACCCCUACACAUACACUCCAGCAUAAGGCUUGUAACGACUCCCCCACCCCCUAAUAAGGUACUGUACAUCUACACACACCAAAAACUCAAUACUCACCCUCACUUGCUCGCACAAUAUAAGCCUGAACAUCGACACUCACCAUCCCCCAUUAAACCACAACUAUCCACUCCGUUAUGAAGCUGGACACUCCCACACACCACUAAUCACUGGCUACGGACCACUGACCACAACGAAGAACGCACUCUCUCCUCGCUUUGCUUGGGAGAAACCCAGACUGAUAGCCUUGGGGGCCA